CACCACCACUACUACCACCAUCACGACUCGUGAAGGUAACGGGCCCGGACCGUUGGACGUGGAAGGGAAAAACGGAGAGGGCGAGCCGCGCGUCUCGUUUCCGUGGUGUGUCAUGGGGUGUUUCGGCAGCCAGAGCAGCAAGGCCAGCCAGGAUGACAGCAAAAACCAGAAGAGGCGAUCCGACGCCAUCACCAGGCAGCUGCAGAAGGACAAGCAGGUCUACCGGGCCACCCACAGGUUACUCCUUCUCGGAGCGGGAGAGUCCGGCAAGAGCACGAUCGUCAAACAGAUGAGGAUACUGCACGUCAAUGGUUUCAGCGAAGCGGAGAAACGGCAGAAGAUCGAGGACAUCAAGAAGAAUAUUAGGGAUGCCAUUUUGACGAUAACCAGUGCGAUGAACACGUUAACGCCGCCCGUUACGCUGGAGGAUCCGUCGAACCAGAGCCGAGUGGACUAUGUCCUGGAAGUCUCGUCUUCCCCAGACUUCGAUUAUCCUCCGGAAUUCUACGAGCUCGUCGAGAACCUCUGGAAGGACCGGGGCGUUCAGCAGAGCUUCGAGAGGAGUAACGAGUAUCAACUCAUUGACUGCGCCAAAUAUUUUCUAGAUAAGGUAGCCAUUGUAAAACAGCCGGAUUACACGCCCACGGAGCAGGACAUCUUGAGGUGUCGAGUCCUCACGUCUGGUAUUUUUGAGACGCGGUUCCAGGUCGACAAAGUAAACUUUCACAUGUUCGACGUUGGUGGUCAGCGCGACGAAAGGAGAAAAUGGAUACAGUGCUUUAACGAUGUGACGGCGAUUAUAUUUGUCACGGCGUGUAGUAGUUACAAUAUGGUACUCAGGGAAGAUCCUACGAAGUUGAGACUCAGAGAGAGUCUCGAUCUUUUCAAAAGCAUCUGGAACAAUCGGUGGCUCCGCACGAUUUCUGUGAUCCUGUUUCUAAACAAGCAAGAUUUGCUGGCCGAAAAAAUCAAGGCGGGCAAGCACAAACUGGAGGACUACUUUCCGGAAUUCGCGCGUUACCAAACGCCAGUCGAGCCUGGGGUGGUCGCAGAUCCCUCGGAACCUCCCGACGUCAUAAGGGCCAAGUACUUUAUCAGAGACGAAUUUCUCCGUAUAAGUACGGCGAGCGGCGACGGCAAGCACUAUUGUUAUCCGCACUUCACGUGUGCCGUCGACACGGAGAACAUCAAGAGAGUGUUCAACGAUUGCCGGGAUAUCAUCCAGCGGAUGCACCUGCGUCAAUACGAGCUCUUGUGACUUCGUUCCUGCCGACGUCUCCUGUCAUCAUCCGUUGUUCAUUCGACUGUCAUGUUCACGCCGCGCCUCGAGCCGUUGCAAACGCCGCGAGCCGGAUGAGCGAGCGAGCGAGCGAACGACUCGCGAACCGUGGCCGCGAGGACUCGCGAGCCCGCAAAACGGAGUGUACGCGCGAGGGUGUAUUCAGGUAACGCGUGCGCGCGGAGGUCUUCCUCGCCAGUACGGAGCCGAAAAAGCGUAGCCAGAGGACGACACCGCAUCCGUCGAGAGUGCGCCAGCGGACACUGAGAGUGAGACUACGAGUCGAUCGAAUUGCCCUCGUCAAUGGGAUUCAAGAUGACGAGGAGCUCGUGCGCCAACACGCUGCUACGAGUCUCUCUCCGCUGUGGUAAAAUUCUCUCUCUCGGAGAAACGGAACGUUCCCUCGUAAAUGCGCGUAAAUAAAUCGCACGAACAAUUCGCAAGCGAGACGGUGCGAUACAGCGCGUCGACACGCCACGUGUCCCGCCCCCGCGAUCGUUCGACGGAAACGAACGAGCGGCCCCUCCAGCGGGCGUAUUCUCGGUCACUCGACUCUUUUGAGUUUUGAGGAAAGAGCGUGCUGAACUCUCGUCGUCCGGCAGACGGCGGGAAUGAAUCUCGCUCGCGCUUGAGCUGAAUCGCGCGCGUAUGAGCUUUGUUAUCCUUCGCGUGUUCCUCCGUUUCCCUCGAAACAGGAACGCGCGAAAUCCUGCGCGAGCCGAGACGUCGUCGCCCAUCGGGUGCGACGACGGCGGCGUUUUCGUGGAUUCGCGCGACGAUUUUCUUCGUUCAGCACACUCUCCGCGUGAAUUAUUAUCGGUUAGCUUAGCGUUAAGGAUGUUUCCUAAGACUUAGGCGAACCUCUCCGGUAAAGAAAAAAAAAACAAAACGAAGAACUUUUAUCGUUUUUUCGUCUUUCUCCCUUACUCGUUUUUCGAAUCUCCGCUAUACUUUUGCCUAGCUCCUCUUUACAUCUCGCUUAGAAUCUCCGCGUCUCUUGUUCCCUCCGUUUCCUUUCGUUCGAAUUCGUUGAGCUUUCGACUUUCGAAUCUCGAUUCUUGUUUUUUUUUCUUCUUUUUUAUCACAUUGGCCCGACCCGUAGGAGUCUCAGCCGCGCCCUUUUUAUGAGAAGAGUAUUUUGUGAGAUUUUACAGUAUUUCGAAGACCGUUUUGAUUAUAUAACUAUGUACCGAGUAUAUAUGUACAGGGUGACCGUCCACGGAUUCUCAUCGUUUUUACGUACGUUUCUUAUGAUCGAGGUUUCUCACGGAUAUGGAUUUCCCCUUUUUUUAUCGAUAUAUAUGUAUAUGUAUGUAUAUGCAUGUAUAUAUAUAUAUAUACACAUACCGUAUAAAUCUCGAGUUACUUUUUAGUUUCUCUGUACUUAGGCACGUGCGCUACCGCAACAGCAGUCGUCUGUAUAUCCUAGCCCACGUAAGAGAUGUGCCACACGUUCAAGUUGUUCUUUUACUGCGCACGCAAGUAUAAGUUUCGCGGUAUGUUGCACGCACGACGACUUGUUUCAGACUUGUGUAAGCGAGCAAUCAUUUUACUUUCGCACUUCGAAAUUCGCGUCUUGCUUUCAGGGAAAUCGUCAUGCCCCCCCUCCUCCCCCCGACGAUACGUGGUAACGUGGUGUACAAAUCUAAUGCGACUGACCCGAUAGUCAAUCACGCUGGAUCACUUUUGCGGUGUAAAUGUCCCGAAAAAACGAAAACGGAAAGGGCCGAUAUGCGAAAGUCUUAUUUCUCGCAUAUAACCACUCAUAGUUUCAUCCACUUUCCUCGUCGUCGCUACUUGGACACCCUGUAUGUGAUAAGCUUACCCUCCAUCUUUCCCUCGAAUUCGAUCACGUACUUUGAUCGACGUUACAUCGAAAGAUAACGGGAUAUUUGCACGCCAAUGACGUAUAUACAUAGAUCAAGCAAUGAAAUUCGCUAAUUGGCAGCCGCUGUUUUAAUCAGAAGUCGGAAUAUUUUUAGACUACACUAUUCAUUAAGUUAUCGAAAAUGGUCGCAAGCUUAUAAUUCGUAAUUGAUAUCACAUAAUAUAUAAUCAUCAUGUAAUAUAAUUAAUAUAAUAAUUUUAUAAAAAGAAGAAACAUAUAUUUUUAUGGCACUCAAAAGAUAUAUCAAGCCUUAGGGUCGUGCACUGGGGGAAGAUUGAUUGAUGCUGUCGAGCAUUAGACAAAGAGACGAGACUUUAAGAAACGAGUCUUCGCGCACUUGUAUCGUCAAUUGCUACAACCUUGUUCAAGAAGAAUCAAGGAGUACUUGGUCUAUGCGCGUAUAUCAUUGCGUGCUCGCGUAUCGCGUUGUUUCAAGGAUGUAUGCGCUAAGUUAAGAGUGCAUCGCAAUGUAUCCGGCCGUUAUUCCUAUUCUUCUCUGAUCAACUGAUUGUUAAUCGUUUUUAUAAAUCUUUACAUUUUAAUGUCUUUGCCGUAAGGUAGAUCGCACAAUCGAAACGGCUGGUUUUGACUCACGUCGCAUUGUUCAAUUCACCGAAUAAUUUUUAAGAUUUAAAUACCACAAGAGUACAUUCUCUACGAACAAUUUUCGCGCGAUUUUAUCUUUUUGUUUUUUAUUAAUUUGCCGUUUUACUCGCAGCAUUCUAUUUUUACCUCGCUCGAUCCAUUAAAUUAAUCACCACACUCGCGCACGGUUUCACGGUUUUCACAUUGUCAACUGUAGCUCUCCACGAGAAUAGGAAUUUCGGGCAUUGCAUAACAGGUAUCCUCUACAUGCCGACGCGUCCGCAACUACGUAACUGUAAUUUCAUGUAAUAUCUCGAUGCAAGCAGAUAUAGUGACACGAAUAAGAAGCCCGAGCAUUAAACGUACAGUACAUCUUGACUCACUUAGCGCAGUAACGAUAUAAAAAAGUCGCCGAAUUAAAUUGAGAGAAUCCCAAUGUGGCUCCACGAACACGCAGGAACAAAGGAAAAAUCGCUUCGAUUCCACCUGAUACGUGCGGAGAAACGAAGCGUGACGGCCACUUGAUUCGUGUCACUGUAUACGUUUGUGUAUGCCGUCGUACCUAGUGCAUAACACACACAUACACACAGACAAGUCGUAGAUUGUAACGUUAUUUAUAAUUUCGCGAAGCGUUAUUUUUACUGACGACUGACGACAAACAGAAAGAGAGAGAGAGAAAGAGAGGGAGAGAAAGAAGAAGGAGUGCAUGUGUGAGAGAAAGGCAAGAAUCUCUUUGCGGUUUUUACCUGUCGACAACUUCCGUGGAGACUUGGAUGUUCACGUCCGGCACAAAGCUGCGUGUGGAAAGCGAGUAAUUGGCACCUCGCCGCGAGUAAUAAUCUCGUACCUGCGUUUUUUGCGCCCCUGCCUCGCCCCCCCCCCUUCUUCUCUUUUCUACAGAUGAGUAACGAGCCCUAAUUUCUGAUUUCGAGUACUGAUUUACGUAGCGACGUCGAACGGAAAUUAGCGCGAGAGCGAGAGACAAAUCGAAGCCACGUGAUAACGAAUUUCUAUCGUCCACGCUACCGGUUGCGACAGCGUGCACGACACGCGAGGACAGAAUGUCGCUAUUAUUCACGGAUCAUGAAAGAAAAGAAUUCACGAAUGUUAAUAUAGCGUUUGUGUGCGCGCGUAUGUAUGUGUAUGCGGGCGUGCGUGUAUGUAUGUGCGUGUACGCAAGCAAGAGGUAGGCGAUAUGCGAUGUGCCGAAUAAAUAGUAAAUUUUACGUGGCCGUGAUUAUAUAGAAAAGAGCGCGACACAGGUAUCGUGUACGUACAAUGUGUAUUGUGUGCCCGUGUAUACGAUGCAUAUUAUAUAUACACGAUAUUUUGUUAUAGACAUACGCCAAGAUCGCACAAGUUUUCCUUUUCUUUUAUCGUAAAUAAAUGGGCAUCUAUGCGAGUAAUUGUAUAUGUAUAUAUAUGUAUAUGUAAAAUAUCGCGACGCAGGUGUGUCAUUAUUUAAUCACGACAUUAUGUAAAUACGACAGUGUUGGAUUCCGUAUUAUCGAGACAAAGCAAUGACGUUAUGAUUUCAGCGGUCCGUUCAAAAUUACGCGUCUCACAACUCGAAUCGCGGCGGGUACGAAGCGGCGGAUAACGCCAACAGAAAAGAGUCGCGUUCUGUGAACCGAUGAAGCGCCGUCAUCAGCGUUGACGAUCGAGCACGAGACACGAGUCUUGCCUGUCUCGCGGCGAUCGUGAACGUUAUUUAGUCGACGAUGACACACACACACACACACACACACCAUUAGAGAGCAGUCGAAUCGCUACGCAGCACAAAUCGUCGAUACAGAAAGACGAAUGCACGUUGUCCGCGAAGCGCAUUAUUGUUUCGUCUUUAGCAAUAUUCUUUGUGGACCACGUCGCCGAUUAUGUAGCCUUAAAUAGCGAAAGUGAAAGUAGACGCGUGUAAUUGGAAUUAGCGUUAACGGAAACGGGGGCAUAGGAAGGUUCCAGAUUAAUCGCUAACAAAGAAUCGUAGUCGCCGGCUGUUGCGAUCCAACUAUCCGUGUGAGAAUCUGGCAAUCUGCGGCCCGGUUACACCAACGUCGAUUACCACUAAUUUUGGUUAAUUCUAGCCACUUCUCCAGAGAUACCUCUUGUGUAUAGAUAAAGAAAAGGGAGGUCUAACAGGCGUCUGAAAUAUUAGAAUCUCAUUUAGACGUCUUUAUCUUUUAGAGAUUUCCAAGUGAUUUAACGAUGAUUAAUGAACCGUUGGUGCAACUCCGCCUCAGCGUUACCUCUGAUGCGAUAGCUGAGAACUCGAUAGACAACUAUCGGACAACUUGCUUCCGAAUUCGAAAGCGUUAUGCAUUUCAUGAGAACACGAGACGUCUACUCUUGAUGAUGCGCCCAGCUGAACGCCGCGCAUCACAACAUUAACAUUAGAUCAUUGAGCGAAUCAUUAUCGUCGUUAUGCUGUUAUUGGAUAAACAAUCUGCUCGCAUUGUCGAAUUUGAAAAAAAGGUGAAUAGUAUCGUUGUAACAUUAAUUAUUAUUCAUCGUGACGGGCGAUUGUCGUGGCGAUCAUUGUUGGAAAUUGUCUUACUGAAAGUAACGGCUCGAGCGAGUUCUUUGUAACGCUAGUGUCGACUUUGCGAAAUUAGUUGUAAUUGUGUAAACCAAAGUCUCUCGGCAAUUCACACGCAUGAUGUAAUUUACUUUGGAUUUUAAAAGAGAUUUGUAAAAUUUUAUAUCUUGUUUUCUACGUGUCGUUGUAUUUUACGCGUCUACGAUGAUACGUUUUAAUUAAUCUGAAAAGGAAUAACGAACGGUUUUAAAGCGCGUUACGUUCCCUUUUGCUGCCUCUCGAAGGGAAAAUCGAAAAUUGAUUUUUCGGGCUGACUACACUACACGUCUUUCGCUUGGUCGAGGGCAUUUCAGGGUGUCGAUGAAAUGCGCGGAAAUUCUCGUAAAGUGAAAUUGUACGGAGCACACACGCUUGCAAGUUCACGUUACCAUCUGUCACGAAUGAACCGUAUUCGACGAUUAGUUUUAAGCAAUAAGCUGCGAGAUAAUGUCAGGUACACUCUUGUCUUGGAUGGUUUCAUUGACGGAAUCGGAAACGUUCAUAUGUUUAGCGAUGUUAUUCGAGAGAGAGAAAGAGAGAGAUGUGUUAUGUAUAUAUUCGUUAUAUUUAUUAAAAUUUUAAACUAUAUUGAAAGCGACGUAAAUCCAGCGAUUUAAUGCGCAAUGCGUGGAACGCACGGGCAUUCCCAUGGUGAAUUUAUUUCGAUUUGAAUCGACGUCUCGGUGAAAUCAUCCAAAUGUGGCAUAAUCUUUCGGAGCUGGGCCAGUGCACUAUCUUAUCGCUCUUCCAAUGGCGGAGAGAAAAGGAAAUGUUCCAUUAUCUUAUAUCUAUAUCAUGGAUAUAGAUUCCACCAUGGUUCCAUAGUGGAUCGUGCCUUUCUAUACUUUUUCUCGGUCGUUUCGUUGAUUCUUGAUUUGUCGGAAAAUUUAAUUCCUUUCCUAGGCAAAUUAGAAACGCGGAGCGAUCUUACGUUGCAUCGAACGUUAGAGAAACGGUCUUCAAUUUCUGAUAAAGUCGAGUCUAUUUCUACCUGAAUAUUUCACAAAGUAUCAAGGAAGAAAAAAAAGAUAACGUUCUAAUCAUCCAAUUUCGACUAAUAAUAACAUUCUAUUUCUUAUGCCACAAAUGUUGCUUUUAUUUGCGAUCUCGUUACCUGCACAAUUUUCUAACGUGAGAUCGCUCCGCCGUUUUAGAGAAAAUUUAAAAAGCAUGAGAAAGAAGCUACUUGUGCCUCGAGCGCGUCACCUAUUCUAGAAAUUAAGUGAUUAAUCGAAAUGGUAUCAUUUCUAUAAGGAUAUAUAUGUGGUGAACGAUCGUCAGUGCUAUUUGGAAUUUGACUUUUUCUAGUCUUCGAUAGCAGUUUGCUGGACUCCACAUUUUUAUAAAGCAUAAAGUAUCGCCGUUAACCAUGAACAUCAUCGCGCGUUUAAUGGUACAUAUUAUAAGAGAUAUAUACAGAGAGAGAAAAAAGAGAGAAAGAAAGUGAGAUUGCGUAUGUGUGUCUGAGAGAAUGCGAGAGAGAGAAAGAAGGAGAUCGGAUUCUCAUUGUUCUUAUCCUAGAAAGAAGAUGUAUCCAAUAAGUUAUAACGCGCCUGCGGAUUAAAAUAGUCACGAUUGGAAGAGACUAACAAACACAAAUGUCGUUCCGUAAAAAAGAUAAUCACUUGUAAUCUAAAUCACUGACUGACGAGAACGAUAAGUCGCAUAAUUAUUUCGCGUGUGAGAGCGUGACGAGAACGCGAGGAAAAAAAGAAACCAAAAAGAAAGGAAGGGAAGAGAGGAGAGUUACCAAGCUCGUCAAUAAUUACGUCCCUCCGUGUCCCCAAUUUUCUCUCGUAUCCUCAAUUCAUUCGUUAUUGCGUGUCUCUUAGAAAGAUGUCUAGCUGAAGACUUAAAAAUGAAUUAUUAUUAUUAUCAGUGCAAAAGUGCGCGCGCGAGAGAGAGAGAAGAGCAAAAGCGUGAAAGAUGAUAUCUUUGAUGGUGACAUUUUAGCACUGUGUUAAUUUAGGAACGAGUGAGUGACGCGAAUCGAAUAGGAGUAAACGUGAAUGUGAGUGACUGGCGAACCCGUGGAAUUCAUUAGGAAAUCAAAUUCGUAUUGUUCGUGCCACGAUUCCCAUCAACUUCUGUCGUACUCGUCAUCGUCGAUCGUGAUUCUGUCGGUCGGGAUUACACCGAUGUCCGGGAGAAAGGGGGAAGCGAGCGAGAUGAAGUGGAUCAAUAUAGUACCUCGCGUACACACAGUGCAAUUAACAAAGAUAAGAAAAAAAAACAUUAUGCUGCCGUAUAAAAAGUACGCAAAGGAUCAAACGCAUACGUGAUUAGAGGCACUUGACGUGUGUCGAUGUGUGUCGAUAUGUAUCUGCUGGUGCCAUUCGAAUGUGAAUCGUGGAACGAACAAGUAGAACAAUAACAGAUAUACAUAUAAAUAUAUAUAUAUAUAUAUAAAUAUAAAUAUAUAUUAUAUAAAUAUAUAAAUACAAUUCAUUGAAUCAAUCGCGGAUCGAAUGGUGUGCUUUGUACGUAUGCUCCGGCGGCGUGUAUGGGAUUACGUGCGUGACUGCGUUAACGUGUUGCUAGAUUACAAGGAUAAUAUUUCAUUCUCAUUCUGUGAUGACUGUCUGCGAAAUACGAGAGGCGAGAGAAGAACAAGAAAUGUUUACAUGGAGUCUUAAGGCUAAUGGAUUAAUCAAUUGAUUUAGCGAAUAAAGAUUUAAUUAACAGUCGUUGUACUAACUGCGCAAAAGAAAAAGAGAAAGAGAGGAAGAAAAGGAGAGAUGAAUCUUUAUAGACGUAAGGAGACGCAUGUGUCUUACGUUCGUACGUACGUGAAGAAAAAAGGCGGAUACGAUAAAUUCGUCGCGCGCAAGACACAGAAUUUUAAAAACGUUAAACAAAGAAAACAGAGAAUACGCUGUAUCCGAAUUGCGGCGGAAAAAGAGCAGUAUGAUUUGUAUACUGUAUAACUUUAGUCGUUUACCAUUGCUUUCGAGAAUAUAUAAGAGUUAUGUGUAUAAAUUAUUAUGUAUAAUUAAACAAAAGUCAUUUAGUAAA